AUGAGUAAAAGAAUAUGCAUUGUUGGAUCACUUGGGCAGGACUCAAGUGUAUUUCAUGCUGCUCAAUCUUUCAAUGUCCCAAUAAUAUUUUCAGAAACUGGAGAAGAAUGUGUUAGUGAUGGUGAAUCUUUUACGACUUACUUUAUUAUAGACGAGUUUUCAGGUCCUUGCUUUGAUUAUUUGUGCAAAAUGAAAUGCAGAAUAUUGGGUCCUACAGCAUUAAAAGAACUGGUUAAUAAUGGAGAUCCACUUCCUUCUACAGAUAAAUCAAGGCCUGUUUAUUGUUUAUCCAUGAAGGGAUUAAUUAUUUGUUUUACAGGAUUCAGAAAAAGAACAGAUUUAUGUCAUCUUGCAAGUUUGAUACAUUUGAUGGGUGGUAGCAUAAGGAAAGAAAUGGAAUAUAAAAUUACCCAUCUUGUAGCAAACUAUCCAAGUGGAGAUAAAUAUCAGUAUGCAAGCACAUUUAAUAUUCCUGUAAUGUCUGAAUCAUGGAUUACUUCAGCUUGGGAAAAUAGACAUGUUGUAGCAGAACAUAAAUUAAAAUUUGGUGGAGCUAAAGUAUGUUUUUUAGGAUUUAACUCUGAAGAAACUGAGCAUAUGAUUCAAGUUCUUGUGGAAAAUAAAGGUGUACCAUCAUCUCUGGAUGAUCCUCAGUGUACACAUUUGGUUGUCGAUGAUGCUAACAUUGGUAAUUUUCCGGACAAUGCACCUCCGAAAGCUUUUGUUGUUAAAGCGGAAUGGUUUUGGGCAUCUGUUCAAAAUGAACUGUGUGCUGACGAAAAAGAAUAUUUAUUUGAAGAUUUUGUGAAUUCUGUGAUUGGUACACCUGACGGAAAAAGAUUUCAAAGCACACCUUUGUCGGGUAACGUUUCAUCUAGAACUAGAAAAAGGAAAAGAUUACAACAGAAACCUCCAAUAAAUCAUUUUGAAUCUCCGUUAACUCACAAAAGGAGAUCUUCAAUAAGUGAUGCUGGAUUAUUGAGCGUUUCCGGAAGUUAUUUGGAUUGCUCCGAAACUCCCGACAAUAAUUUAUACGAUGACAUCAAGACUUCUAGAGACGCUGAAAGAACUAUAAGUGGUAGACAUCAAGUUUUCCUGGAGUUAGUUCACACGGAAUCGAAUUACGUUAAUAUACUUAACACUAUCAUAUCCUUAUUCAAAAUCCCUUUGGAGGAAAUGUUAGAUGGAGAGAAUGUGAUUUUAAAUGCAACCGAAUUAAAAAUAAUCUUUGGUAAUCUUCCUCCAAUUUACGAAAUUCAUUUAAAUAUGUUAGAAGAAUUAAAAUGGGGAGUACAAAAUUGGAAAGAAGAUUUCAGUGUCGGAAAUGUCAUUUUAAGAUAUGCUCCUGAAUUGGAAAAGGCAUAUCCUCCCUUUAUAAAUUAUUUUGAAAAAAGUAAAGAAAUGCUUGAACAGUGUGAUUUAAUGAAACCCAGGUUUCAUGCGUUUUUAAAAAUUAGACAAGCAAAACCAGAAUGUGGGCGGCAAUCUUUAAAGGAACUACUUAUACGACCAGUUCAAAGACUACCUAGCAUUAGUUUGUUACUCAAUGAUCUAAUAAAGCAGACUGAUAAGCAAAAUCCUGAUCAGCAAGCCUUAGAACAAGCAUUAGCUGGUAUUAAACAAGCCAUGACGCACAUAAACGAAGACAAAAGGAAAACGGAAGCUCAGCUGGCUAUGUUCGAUUUGUUUAACGACAUUGAUAAUUGUCCUGCUCAUUUAAUAUCAUCUCAUCGAAGUUUGAUAGCCAAAUGUGAGUGCGUUGAGCUCACAGAAAUUUUGUCUUCGAAAAAAGGAGAUAAUUUAGUAUUGUUGCUUUUUACUGAUACUUUGGAAGUGUGUAAAAAGAGAGUAAGAACUUUUAAUACUUUUCGAAGCACGAAACCGAGCAGUUUGCAAAAAAUUAAUAAGUUUCGUAAGCAAUACAAACACAUAAGAUUGAUGCCUUUGUCAAAUUUGAGAAAAGUUAUAGAUAUUAGAGAAACAGAAGAAUACCAGAGAAUUUUUGCUUUAUUAUGUCGAAAUUCUGAAUCUUUGAAAGAAAAUUUGUGCUCAUUCAUAAUCACAGAUGAAAAAUUAGAUAAAAACUUUUUUCUCAAAGAAAUGUGUAAACAAAUGGCUCAUACGGUUUGCACAACAGAUCCUGAAGAUUUUUAUGACGUCAUGGAACCUGGAGAUGUUAAUUUAGAGACGGCCAACAAUGCCUCUACCAUUUGCAAAUCGACUCAUUCUUUCAGCAAAGCUCUCCGAUUUGCUUCCAAAACGGGAGUCAAAGUCAGCAGGGCAUUGAGCAUGAGUAAAACUCCUAGUAAGUUAACUAGAGUAGUAUCGACACUUCGUCCAUUUGCAUCACAAAUGACAUUGACGCCUAAUGCAACAUCAUUUUUAGAACAACCACUUGUAUCAACAGCUCAAGCGAUUUCACAAUAA